AUGUUCAUUGUGAUUAAUAAGCUGAAAAGAGUAAAACUGGCUCUUAAAGAGUUGAAUAAAGUAGGUUUUACAGACAUUCAUGCUGCAGAUUUGAGAGCUUAUCAGACUAUGGUGAGUGCACAAACUGCAAUGCAUAAUAAUCCAACUGAUCAUGGUGUUGCAGAUGCAGAGUUGAUUGCAAUUCAGGAUUAUAAGGAGAAACAUAAAGCUUAUUUGGCUUUCCUCAGUCAGAAAGCAAAAUUGUCUUGGCUUAAAGAUGGGGAUGAGAAUACUUCUCUUUUUCACCAGAGUAUCAAGAAGGUGCAGAACCAAGUUUAUAGCAUCUAUGAUAUGAAAAGAGAAUGGAAAGAUACAACUGAUAGGGUGUCCAAAGCUUUCUUGAAUUAUUAUAAAGUCCUACUAGGUAGUACUUCUGAUAAUAGAACACCAGUAAACAGGGAGGUGGUUCAGCAGGGGCCAGUUUGUAUGGAUCAUCAUAAAGCUAUUCUCAAUGCUCCCUAUACUGCAGAUGAAGUUAAGAAGGCUCUUUUCUCUAUUCCAGGUAUUAAAGCUCCUGGUCCAGAUGGCUUUGGUUCUUAUUUUUAUAAAGAUGCUUGGCAUAUUGUUGGGGAUGAAGUCAUUGCAACGAUCCUUGAUAUGUUACAGCAAGGAAAAAUCUUGAAGGAGUUGAACUACACUGUGAUUACUCUCAUCCCUAAGACUAAAUGUCCAAAAGAUGUGAGUGAGUUCAGGCCAAUCUCUUGCUGCAACACCAUCUAUAAGUGCAUAACAAAAGUCUUGUGUGGGAGAUUAAGACAAGUUCUUCCUGAUCUCAUUUUGGAGAAUCAAGGAGGCUUUGUUCAUGGGAGAUACAUAGUUCAUAAUAUUAUGGAUGUUCAAGAUUUAGUCAGGCAUUAUGGGAGGAAAGGGGUUAAGCCUAGUUGUCUUAUGAAGAUUGAUCUUCAAAAAUCCUAUGAUACUGUUGAUUGGCAUUUCUUAGAGGAGAUGCUGGAGUUGUUGGAUUUCCCUAAGCAUUUUGUUGAUAUGGAAUUUGAUAUUCAGAGGGUAGUGGAUGUUUCUGGAUUUUCUAGAAGUAUGCUGCCUUUUAAAUACUUGGGUGUUCCUAUAUACUCUAAGAAGAUUUAUGUGGCUCAGUGUGCUCAUCUGGUGGAUAAGAUGAUAAUCAGGAUCAAAGUUUGGAGUUCUAGGAAUUUAUCCUAUACAGCAAGAAUGCAGCUUGUUAACUCAGUUUUGCUAAGUUUGCAUAUGUAUUGGGCUCAAAUAUAUGUGCUUCCAAAAAGUGUUCUACAAGAUAUAGUGAAGAUCUGCAGAGCCUUCCUAUGGAGUGGUCAUGCUUUCAGUCAUAAACCAAGCAACAUAGCUUGGGAUAAGGUCUGUGGUGACAAGCAAACUGGAGGUCUGGGGUUUAGAGAUGUUCAGACUUGGAAUAUAGCCUUUAUGGGAAAAUAUGUAUGGGCUUUAGUCAAGAAGCAGGAUAAUGUGUGGAUUAGGUUGAUCCAUUCAGUCUACUUAAAGGAUGGGGAUUGGUGGGAAUAUCAGCCUGGCUCUAGUGCUAGCUGGUACUGGAAACAAGUUUGUAAUACAAAGGAGAAACUAAAACAGUUUUUUACUCUUGCAGAGUUUGAAAACAUGCCUCAGUAUUCAGUGAAACAAGUGUAUGAGAAACUUGUAGGGAAUAAGCCAAGGGUGCAUUGGGAUAAAAUGGUGUGGAAUAGGCCGAAUGUUCCAAAGCAUAGAUUCAUUUGCUGGUUAGCUGUUCCAUCCAAGCUUCAGACUACAGAAAAGCUAGCAAAGAUAGGCAUUAGUCAACCUGCUAGUUGUUUGAUUUGUGGACUGGGUGAUGAGACUCAUCAGCAUUUAUUCUUUCAGUGCCAGUAUAGUAGGCAAAUUAUUUUAGCAGUUCACCAGUGGAUUGGCUUCUCUAUUCAUGGCAAUUUGGUUCAGUUGCUCAGGAAAGCUGGUCAAAGUAGAGCUUCCAGGUUCAGGAAGCAGAAAACUAGCUUUUGGGAUAGUACCAUUCCCACUCUCAGUCAGAGUAUGAAGGCUUUGAAGAAAAUGGUUAAAAGCAGAAUUCAGGGCAUAGAGUCCAGCCUAAUUGGUUUGUAUGACUUGGAGUUGGCUUAA